AUGCCAUUGUGUCACUCGUGUGAAAAGACUUUCAGUAAUGAUGCCAUGAAGCCUGCAAAGAUGAAGCACCACCUUGAAACGGUUCACUGUGAUAAGAAAAACAAAGACCUUGACUAUUUCAAGACACUGAAAGAAAACUCAAAAACACUCCUCUCCCAGUCAUUUCCAGCCAUUCCAUUCCCAACCACUCCUCCCCCAGACAUUCCCAGACACAGCCCUCCCAGCCAUUACCAGCCAUUCCUCUCUCAACCAUUACCAGUUACUCCUCUCACAGCCAAUUCCAGACACUCCCCUAACAGCCUUUCCCAGCCACUCCUCUCCCAGUCUCUCCCAGCUACUUCUCCCUCAGCCAUUCCCAGCAACUCCUUCCCUACCAGUUCCAGACACUCCCCUAACAACCAUUCCCAGCAACUCCUCUCCCAGCCAUUCCUAACCAAUGCCCUCACAGUCUCUCCCAUCCCCAUCUCCCCCAGCCAUUUCCACCCACUGCCCUCCCUGCCUCUCAAAGCCACUCCUACCCCGGACACACAAAGGUUCUCCCAGCCAUUCCCAGCCUCUCCUAGCCACUCCCAGCUUCUCUCCCAGCUAUUCCCAGCCAUUCCCCUCUCAGCCAUUCCCAGCCACUCCAGAUUCAGCUAUUCCCAGUCACUCCUCUCCCAGACAUUCCCAGCCACACCUCUUUCAGCUAUUCCCAGCUACUUCUCCCCCAGCCAUUCUCAGCCAGUCCCCUCCCAGCCUCUCCUCCCCCAGCCAUCCCCAGCCGCUCCAUUCCCAGCCACUCCUCCCACAGCCAUUCCCAGCCUCUCCCAGUCGCUCCUCUCCCAGCCAUUCCUUGUUACUCCUCUUCCAGCCAAUGCCAGCCAUUCCUCUCACAGCCAUUCCCAGCCACUCCUCUCCCAGCCAUUGCUAACCACUCCUCUCCCAGACACUUCUACUCCAGCCAUUCCCAGCCACUCCCCUCCCUGCCCCUCCCAGCCAUUCUUCCCCCAACCAUUCCCAGCCUCUCUUAGCCACUCCUCUCCCAACCAUUCCCAGCCACUCCUUUCCCAACCAUUCAUAGCCAAUCCCAGCCCCUACUUUCCCAGCCAUUCCCAGUUACUUAUCUCCCCGGCAGUCCUCUCCCAUGCAGUCAUUCCCAGCAACACAUCUCCCAGCCUCUUCGAGCCAAUCCCAGCCAUUCCCAGCCACUCCUCUCCCAGCCAUUCCUCUCCCAGUCAUUCCCAGCCAUUCACACCCACUCGUCUCAAAUCCAUUUCCGGCCACUUCUCUCAGAGCCAUUCACAGCCAUUCCUCUCCCAGUCAUUUCCACCCACUCCUCCCACAGCUAGACCCCUCCUAGCCUCUCCCAGCCAAUGCCAACCAAUACUCUCCCAGCCAUUUCCAGCCAUUUCUCUCCCAGCCAUUCCCAGCCAUUCUCAGCCACUCCCCUUCCAGCUAAUCCUCUCCUUGCCAUUCCCAGCAAUUCCCAGUUACUCCCCUCCCAGCCAUUCCCAGCCACUCCUCUCCCAGCCAUUACUAGCUAACCCUCUCCUAGCCACUCCUCUUCCAGUCAUUCCCAGCCACUCCUCUCUCAGCUAUUCCCAGCCACUCCUCUCCCAGCCAUUCACAGACACUUCUAUCCCAGCCAUUCUUAGCCACUCGCAUCUACUCUUCUCCCUGCCAUUCCCAGCCACCCUUCUCUUAGCCACUCCUCUCCCAGCCAUUCUCGGCCACUCCUCUUUCAACCAUUCCCAGUUACUCCUCUCCCAGCCAUUCUCAGCCUCUCCUCUCAUAGCCAUUGAUAAACACUCCUCGCCCAGUCUCUCCCAGCCACUCCUACCCCAGCCAUUCCAGCCUCUCCCAGCCAACCCCUGCCACUCCUCUCCCAGUUUCUCCCAAACACUCCAGCUUCUCCCAGCCGAACCCAACCAUUCCUCUCUCAAUCUCUUCCAGCCAUUCCAAGCUACACCCCUCCCAGCCACUCCUCUCGCGGCCAUUUUCAGCCGCUCCUAUCCCAGCCAUUCCCAGCUACUCCUCUCCUAG